AUGGUCCUCCUCACUCCCCCCAGCACCUCUCACCGCUCAGAGAAGGAGAAUACCGCUAAAUUCACCUUUUCGCUCAAUGAAAUCCCAAAGUUGACAGUGACAACCGACCCCGCAUCGUCGUCCACAUCGCCGUCGUCAUCGUCCGCCGCGUCGACCAGCAAGUCUUCUUUGGCAGCAUCGUCGUCGCGCAGCGUAAUUUGGUCACCACACAACUCCUACCACUCUCUUGCCACACCGCCUAAACCCAGACUAUCAUCAGCUGCCACCAAUGCCAUGGUCAAGGAGCGCCCCGUCAAGCCCAUCCUCAAGCGGCGGCGGGUGAACCCACCACUGAGUGACGCGACCAACGGUCCCAAGACAGCCAACUCCGACUCUCUUUUGAAUAUUCCAGAAGAUUUGGAUAGCUUUUUCCGGCAGCGAGAGACGACCCCAGAGCCAUCCGACCCGCUAUGCGAUUUGGCAUACCUCGAAUAUCCCGUCUCGCUCAUCCUCAAGCCCGACGCCAAGCUACGAGAACUCACAGAGGGAUACAGUAUUCUCAAUGCGCGACUCCGGGGCACUGUGCAGUACACCACCGACGCGGACGCCAGCUGGCCACUCUUCCAGCCCAUGCGCAAGAACCGAGAAAAACUCGUUGAUUGCAUCAUUCGCGACCUGGAGCGGGCAUUUGUCGACCCUGUCAACUCCCCCGACUGUCCCAAAGGCGACGACUCCAUUCCCGACGAGAAUUGGGAUGAUGAGGAACCUGCCGACAAUGUUGGGACGCUCCCCUCUCCCAAGAAGAGUCCCAAGAGGGCGAAGAAGAAGGGCAUGAGCGCAGAGCAAGUCAAGUUUGCGAGGGACCUCUGCACGACCGCUCAUGCAGUCAUCAAGCUCCUGUGUGUUAUGCUAUGCUUCCCUGCGAUCUAUGGGGUAUUCGAAACGAUUGAACUGAGAAGAAUGCUUGGUGCCGUGGUCUCCAUUCCCAUCACAGGCAACCUCCCAACUCCCAACGCACGCAAAACUUGUGCUCUCGCGAUUAUGGCUAUCCAGUGUCAGCGGCUACCAGAGGCAGUUCUCUUGCCUGUCCGGGACCGCAUCGCCUUCGCCCUAAAGCGUGGUAUCGAUGGUGAGUUGGGUAAAGAAGGCAAGAAAGGGUCUGCAAACGAUGGUCUCAAAGCCAUUGGCGACCUUUGUAUCUUCCAACCCAGCACGUUCGUUCCUGUGUUCUCCAAAGCUGCGGUCCUUCCCUCCAUCCUACAGAACCUCCUUGCACCCACCCUCGCCCUCCGUAUUCAAGCAGCCUACGCCCUUGGAGGAUUGGCAUACUCCCUUGCCGGACUUACCCCUUCAAACACUCACGCUACUGCCGCUGACAUGGUCGCCGAAUUCAUCCUUACACCCUCUCCUUCGACACCAUCCAGGAAGAACGCCUCUCCGAACAAAGAUUCUAUUGUCACAUCUAGCGCCAUCAUGAGGACUUUGCGUACUACCAUGAACGCCCAAGAUGCCGCACACGUGGGCCAGUCCCCUGUCUGGGCGCUAUGCGUCUCUGCCAGCUUGAUUGUGCUCCUGGGUUCCAAGAUGUAUACCGACCGCAAGGUCUGCGUAGCGAUCAUGACGAUUUUCAAGUGCGGGGCCAAGCACAAGAAGGCAGCAAUUCGGCAUCUUUUCUGUGCGGCAUGGAGGGCUGUGAGCUGGGCAUGGUUCCAGCCUGAUUACGACUUGUUCAAGGCCGAGGAUGAGAGCGAGGCGGAGGGUGACGGCGAACAGUCUGACUCAGAGAAGCUGGAGCUCAAGCGGAAAACGAGGGAAGCGUAUUUCCAGGUCUUCAGAGAAAUACUGGAAACGCAGGUCGCGCUUGGCACUGUUGCUGCUCUGUUGUCCACCCCACCGGCUCCCAGUUCUCACCUUGGUAUCAAGGAAGAUGUCCAUGACGAAGCGCUUCGGCGAGCACUCGAAGUUAUUGACUGGAUGGCUAACAGUCCUGAUCCGGACACUAUCAACGAAGCUGCCUCUUCCCUCCUCAACUUGGUGACCCCGACCGUCGAUAACAGGGAUUACACCCAACCCUCCGAAAUGCUCGCUGAGAAUGCGCGAGCAUUGCUACCCCGACCUCUCUUCACCCAAACUCCCGGAAAUGGUGUCUUGUUUGCAGAUGUCACUUUGUCUGGAGCGGGGAGCAACAGCGUCAUGGCUGCGGUUCGAAAGAUGUUCCACAACGUACCAACAGUAGAGGAAGUUCGUGCCCUGAGGAAGGAAGAGUUGCGGAAGGACUGGGUCUGGAAGGGCAUGCUUAAAGCAUGGACAUCAGUUCUGGGUUCUCUGGAGAUGACGGAUGACGCUCUCCUGCCUAACGACCUCACUCAAGUUUGGGAGUCUCUGCUUGUCAGCAACGUCAGCCUUCUCCAAGACGAAGGCGGCGAUGUUCCUGAGCUUGCCUCCAGGGUGGUCGACGUUCUAACGAACGUCUUCCUGGACUCGGGACUCAACUUCACCGUGAAGAACCAAACGAGCACUUCAAGUGUAGCAUUCCCUAGCAUCGGUUCGAAGGACAGAGAGGUCACCGGCACUACCCUUUGCACCAACGCCGAGCUGAAGAUGAAGGUCGUCAAGUCACUAUGGUCGACCGUUAAGACGGUGUUCCCUCGUAGUGACCUCGGCGCCGCAGCCGACAAGCUACUGAGGACCCUACUCGAGAAUUCUGGAAUGCUCACCGAGCCGCGAAAGAAGAAGGUCCGAUCGCUCUCCGGCAACCUCAACCACGUUAUUGCACCCAUCACAACGUGGGGAGACCUUUGUGCAACUAUCAUUCUCGAUAGUGGUGUCUCCGAAUCAACAGAGGCGAUGAAGAUGUUCUGGGGUCUCGGUGACGAAAGCGAAGCCAAGUGCCAUUGGGAGUCGUUGGCCGUUUUCGAUAAUUGCGAAGCAAAGAGCCAUGUCUGGAAGGCGUGUCUCGAUGUCUGGAAGCAGGAGGAAGGACAGUGGGAAGGUGCUGUUGUCCUGCUCGCCGCACCCUUCGUCGUCGGUCCUUCGAAGUCUCAGGACUGGUCACUCAGCUCGGAGGAGGUCGUCAAGUGGAAGGAGUUCUAUCAGUACGCAUCCAACAAGGCUUUGGACAGUGGAAUGGACUCCACCUCGACUACUGUCAUCGACGCGGUGGCCGGAGUCGUCGCGUCUCAUACCACCUCGUCGACUUCUCCUGCUUUGCUCAUCCAGGCUUCCGAUCUCCUUUUGGACCACCUUGAAGCAACUGAGAUGCGCGAGGUACCGGUUAACCUGGUGGAUCUCCUCAACGCUACGCUGAAGACCGCCUAUCCCGUCAACGAGCGGAAUGUUAGCCCUGCGAGCUGGUUCAUUCAGACGCUUACGAGGGUGUUCGAGACGUCUCCCAGGGAUCUCAUCAAAGAUCUUGUUGAGGGCGUUGGAGAGGCCAUUACAGUGUGGCUCAAGGACGAGAGUGAAGUGUGGACUGACGAUACCCUCGACUACACUUUCGUUCCGCUUUACCAACAUUUGCUCCUUCGUAUCCAAGAGUUGCCUACGGAUCUUCCUUUCCUUGCCACUGUUUCCCCCUUACUCGACUCCGUCUUCUCCGGCCGGGCCUUCCCUGAAGCUGUCCAAAAUAGCUUCCGCGAGGCAUUCGACACGUUCUGGAAGCUCUCCCCCUAUGCACAGAUGGAGGAACCGGCGGACGGUUGGCCUGCUUCACUUCAACAUUGCCUUGCCCAUGAGCAGGUUCAAGAAGUGGAAGUGUCCGUGCCUGUGUUCGAAGCUCCUGCAACGCCGUCCAGGAAGGUGUUCAAGGGAGAUGGCGCUUCUCAGCCGCGCACGCCGAUGUACCCGAUGAAUGGUUCCAAUAUCCCUUCCCCUCGCCGGCCUCACAGGCCCCACGCCGAUACCGACGAACCUUUCUAUCCUCCCCUACCUGUCGAUCGCUCUCCUCUUUCUCCUGUUCGCCGACGACGAAUCUCAUCGUCCAGUUCAUUGGGCGAACCGAGAUUCAGCGUGUCUGGAUUGGCUGCUUCACCAUUCUCGCGUCAAGGCGGUUUCAGGAAUCCUGAUCUCUUGUUAUCACCCAGCAAAAGGCGAAGGAGCUUGGAUCAUGCAGACGAGGACGAAGAGAUGGAGAAGGAGAAUGCAUCCCCUCAACAUGCUACGCCGAAGAGAAGGAGGACUGGUUUGCUGAGCAGUGCUCGUGUUGGCUUCGACCUUUCGCCAAUUCCUAUUCACGAGAGGAUCGCCAGCGUCGGCAAGGCAGGGAAUUCAUCUGUGCCGACCACGGGGAAGAAACUGAAGCUGAAGGAGAGGAUGGGCAAGAACAAGAACGGGAUGACACCUGCUGCGAAGCGUCCUAAGCUAUUUGGAAGGACCAAGUCGCCUUCUCCCGCCCGCAGCGAGGGUUCGAGCCAGGGCAGUAGCGAUGACAGCGAGGAUGAGCGUGGAUGGGUUGAACGGGAGUUGGUUCCUUUCCCUAGUCUCGGCGGGGAGGACGAGAAGGAGGACGGUGCUACGGUUCCUGACGAGCCUGCUGGUUCUGCGAGGAGCAGCGCGUCAGAGGAAAAGGCUGAGCCCCAAACCCCAUCGAAGAAGCGGAAGAGGAUGUUCAUGGAUUCGGUUCUCAUUCCACCCCUCGCUUGCCUGGGCAAUACCAACCCGACUCCCAGUAGCUCCAUUCCCUCUGCCUCUGAGCUCCUUGUAGAGAUCGGCCGUGCCAGGUCGAAGCGGAAGUUGAGCCAUUCCGCCAGCUUUGACUCUUCGACCGCUGGUAAUGCCACUGGUGGCUCGAGCGGGACCACGGAGUUGUGGAGCACUCCCUCAAUGAGGCGGAGCGCAACCGCGCCCAUACCUGCGACAGCCUUGGUCAUGAGGUCAGGGGCCGGUUUGAUGCGUCAGGCUCGACGAUAUCGAAUGAGGACGGAGAGUGACAGUGGGGUCGGAAACGCGGAUGAUGAAGAUCCUUUCGAAGCCGAAGUCAGGACGACGGAACCUUUGCCUGCUCUAAAGAUUCCUGGACCUUCUGUGGUCGUGAAGGCUCCCCAAGUCAACAGCGACCCUCCCAGUUCCGACGGACCUAGUUCUGACGAUAGUCUGCAUCUGGGUCAAGUUACCCCUCACCAUCUCAUCUCUCCACAUCUCGCUGCAAGGACCACAGAAGUGUAUGGCACAGCUGCAUCUCGGGUCUCGGCAUUGUCGUUCACUGGCAGGUCAGGCACGAAGAUGAGCGCCACCUCCCAGAUUCUGGCUCGAGGUCGCCGUGUGUCGGUCGACUCUAUGCCUGGCAGUGACGACAGCAUCGGAGGCGGAGCACCAGAUUCGUCACCUACGAGGAACGUUGUCGCGCGAAGGAACCUUUUGGGAUUUGGACUGCAGAGGAGGGCUAGUUCGUUGGGACUGAGCUCGGUGAAAAGGGCUUAA